CGUCUUUCUCUUUCCUUCGUCGGCAAAAUCCUCUGUUGUGAAAGCUUAUUAGCUUGAAAGAAGAAAAAGCAUGGCUAAGGCCAAGGAGUUGCCGGUUGAUUUGCAUAGGGACAUUAUUGGUCGAUUAUCUGAUCCCAAGAGUGUUUACCGGUUUAAGACCGUCUCCAAAUCAUGGUUUUCCUUGAUUGCUGAAAUCAAGAGGGUGGAACUGGUAGUUGUCAGCAAAGAGAGAGUCUACUCUGCGGACUUGAAUUUGGAUUUGGAUUUGGAUUGGCCCGGUUGCAGCUUGAAAGUGAAAGAGCAACCUCUCCCAUAUGGAAUUAUGGAAGGUUCCACCCUCUUCCCAGGAGGUUCAUGUAAUGGCCAAGUUACUGGAGAUUUCCAGGUAAUUACCCAAACAACUAAAGUUAGAGUCCCACAACCUUGUGUCAGAGUAGCUGAUAGAUUUGUUCUAUCUGGAGUUGAUACUCGUGGACAUCAUGUGCGUUUACUGUGGGAUGGGGAUGGAUUGUCCUAGCCACUGUGACACCAAAGUUUAUAGCUUUGAGGGCAACCUGAGCAAAUGAUGAUGUCGUGGAUAUAUGGGUGAUGAAGGAGUAUAUGGUCAAGGAGUCUUGGAGUCUUGUGUUUCGGAUCUCACUUCUCGACAACGGUGAGGGACUAUAUCACUAUGCUCUAAUGAGACCUCUAGUUGUUUCCUCAAGGAAUAGUAAUAAAAUUUUGUUAGAAUC